UUUGUAGCCGCGCCCUCUCCUUCCUCUGGGCGUCUCCAGGGCGUGGACAGGCCGCUGGAAGGAACCGGCUGCGGCCUGCGCGAGGUUCCGAGGGCCGCUGCACCACGAGGCCGACACAGCUGGAGAGAAGUUAGAAAGGGCCUACCGCAGGCCUGCUGGAGUGCUGGGCCCGCCUCCCCGCGGGAUUGCAGGCCCGGGGCCCCGCCCAGUGCUGAGCGGCAGGCGGGAGGCGGGAGGCGGCAGGCGGCGCGCGCUACCCGGCAGCGGGGGACACUGAGGCCCGAAGUGAUGCCACCAAGAAGAAAUGAGAAAUACAGACUUCCUAUUCCACUUCCAGAAGGCAAGGUUCUGGACGAUAUGGAAGGCAAUCAGUGGGUACUGGGCCAGAAGAUUGGCUCUGGAGGAUUUGGAUUGAUAUAUUUAGCUUUUCCCACAAUUAAACCAGACAAAGAUGCAAGACAUGUAGUAAAAGUGGAAUAUCAAGAAAAUGGCCCGUUAUUUUCAGAACUUAAAUUUUAUCAGAGAGUUGCAAAAAAAGACUGUAUCAAAAAGUGGAUAGAACGCAAACAACUUGAUUAUUUAGGAAUUCCUCUGUAUUAUGGAUCUGGUCUGACUGAAUUCAAAGGAAGAAGUUACAGAUUUAUGGUAAUGGAAAGACUAGGAAUAGAUUUACAGAAGAUCUCAGACCAGAAUGGUACCUUUAAAAAGUCAACUGUCCUGCAAUUAGGUAUCCGAAUGUUGGAUGUACUGGAAUAUAUACAUGAAAAUGAGUAUGUUCAUGGUGAUAUAAAAGCAGCAAAUCUACUUUUGGGUUACAAAAAUCCAGAUCAGGUUUAUCUUGCAGAUUAUGGACUUUCCUACAGAUAUUGUCCCAAUGGGAGCCACAAACAGUAUCAGGAAAAUCCUAGAAAAGGCCAUAAUGGGACAAUAGAGUUUACCAGCUUGGAUGCCCACAGGGGAGUAGCCCUGUCCAGACGAAGUGACGUUGAGAUCCUUGGCUACUGCAUGCUGCGGUGGUUGUAUGGGAAACUUCCCUGGGAUCAGAACCUGAAGGACCCUGUGGCUGUGCAGACUGCUAAAACAAAUCUAUUGGAUGAGCUCCCUGAGUCAGUGCUUAAAUGGGCUCCUUCUGGAAGCAGUUGCUGUGAAAUAGCCCAAUUUCUGGUAUGUGCUCAUAGUUUAGCAUAUGAUGAAAAGCCAGACUAUCAAGUGCUCAAGAAAAUUUUGAACCCUGAUGGAAUACCUUUGGGACCACUGGAAUUUUCCACAAAAGGACAAAGUAUAAAUGUGCAUAUUCCAAAUAGUCAAAAAGUUGAUUCACAAAAGGCUGCAACAAAGCAAGUCAAUCAGGCACAAAAUAGGUCAAAAGGAAAAAAAGUCCACAGUGAGAGAAGCGCUGAGUCCUGUGCAUCAUGGAAAAAAGUGCAAGAGGAGGAGAAGCUAAUGGGGUUGAUGAACAAUGAAGCAGCUCAGGAAAGCACAAGGAGAAGACAAAAAUAUCAAGAGUCUCAAGAACUUUUGAAUGAAGUAAACAGUUUCCCACAAAAAUUGAGCUACAGACAAUUCCCAAACUCAUUUUAUGAACCUCAUCAAGAUUUUACCAGUCCAGAUAUAUUCAAGAAGUCAAGAUCUCCAUCUUGGUAUUAUAAAUACACUACCACAGUCAGUCCGGGUAUCACAGACUUAGAAAGUCCAACAGGACUUUGGUCUACAAUUUCCCAGUUUACUCUUAGUGAAGAGAUAAAGGCAGAUGUUUAUUAUUAUAGCAUCAUCAUACCAGUCCUUUUGACGUUAGUAUGUCUUGCUUUAUAUUUUCUCUGAAGAUAUCGAAAGUCCUUUUGAUAAUUUUUUAAGUUUCCAGCUCUUCACAAAAUGUUAUCUCCUUAUUUCAGUGUUUCUUCCCAGACAUUUUUAAGGUAAUUGGCUUUAAAAAGAGACCAUAUUUUAACAAAGCUUGUGGACAUUCUAAAAAAUAAAAUUGCUUUAUACCAGAAA